AUGGAGAUGGAAGAGCCAAGCGGCGGCGAAAGCAGAUGGUCACGGUUGGCUCCGUCCCUCCCCGUCAGGAAUGUACAGGCUCUCGCAGCAUGCGCUGAAGAGCUGACAGCCGCAACUCUUGAAAGGUACAUCCGGCUGGACAUUCACAACGACGAAGUCCUCGACGAGCAGUCUGGCGAGGUUCCCGUGAUCGACCUUGCUAGGCUCUUACACCCUGACUCCGUGGAAGAGGAGGCUGCUCGCCUCAGGUUAGCUUGCGAGGAUUGGGGUUUUUUUCAGCUUGUAAACCAUGGAAUCCAAGAGGAUAUCAUCACAAAUAUAAGAAGUGACAUUCAGAAGUUUUUUCAUCUUCCACUCGAGAUGAAGAAUGCCUAUUCACAGCGUCCAGGAGAUAUUCAAGGUUAUGGCCAAUCGUUUGUUGUGUCAGAGAGUCAAACACUUGACUGGGCUGACAUGUUUGCCAUCUUAGCUCAACCACCUCAGGCUCGUGAUAUGAGAUACUGGCCUACUCAACCUCAUACUUUCAGGAAAUAUAUUGAAGACUACUCUUCUGAGUUGAUGAAAGUUGCUCAUUUUGUUGUAACCUUCAUUGCAAAAACACUAAAUGUUGAUCUCGAACUGAUGCGAGACAAAUAUGUGUCUCAAGUUUUUAGGAUGAAUUACUACCCUCCGUGCAUGUCAAUGCCUGAAAAGGUAUUGGGUUUCUCGCCGCAUUCCGAUGCAUCUUUUCUGACUCUCCUUCUAGAAGUUAACUCAGUUGCAGGCCUUCAAAUUAAAAGGCACAACAAGUGGAUCCCCGUGAAACCAAAUCCUAAAGCGUUGUUGGUGAAUGUGGGUGACUUUCUUGAGAUUAUGUCGAAUGGAAAGUAUAAGAGUAUUGAGCACAGGGUUACAAUAAAUCCCAAUCAGGAACGGUUAACUAUAUCUGCGUUUCACAUCCCAUCACUUGAUGGAAUAAUUUCACCAGUCACGGGCAGUACAGAAGAGAUGAUCCUGUACAAGACAGUGGCUGUAGAAGAGUAUGCAAAACUUUAUAUGUCAAACAAAUUGGAUGGAAAGAGAGCAUUUGGAUCAUGCGAAGUUGUUCUAAUAUAA